UAUCACUUUUUAUAUACUUUUUGGCAGAUGCCAUUUGUUAUUUUGUUUACAUUGCGAAAUUUUCAUAACAGAUUAUUUUAAAAUACUGUAAUAAAAAAAUAGAUAUCUGGACAUUUACACUUAUAAUAAAAAAAAAAAAAAUUUAAUACAUAAUAAUGUCUAUCGAAAUAGAAUCAGCUGAUGUGAUUCGUUUAAUACAACAAUACCUGAAAGAAUCAAAUCUCACAAAGACGUUGCAGACCUUACAAGAGGAGACGGGGGUGUCUCUAAACACGGUGGACAGCGUGGACGGCUUCUGCGCGGACAUCAACAAUGGCCACUGGGACACGGUGCUAAAGGCGACGGCGUCGUUGAAGCUGCCCGACAAGAAGCUGAUGGACCUGUACGAGCAGGUGGUGCUGGAGCUGAUCGAGCUGCGCGAGCUGGGCGCCGCGCGCUCGCUGCUGCGCCAGACGCACCCCUGCCUGCUCAUGAAGCAGCAGGAGACCGACCGCUACAUACACCUCGAGAACCUGGUGGCGCGGUCGUACUUCGACCCGCGCGAGGCGUACGGCGGCGGCGGCGGCGGCGGCGGGGGCGGCGGCAAGGAACGGCGGCGCGCCGCCAUAGCGGCCGCGCUGGCCGGCGAGGUGUCGGUGGUGCCCAGUUCUCGCCUGCUCGCGCUGCUGGGCCAGGCGCUCAAGUGGCAGCAGCACCAGGGCCUGCUGCCACCUGGAACUACGAUCGAUCUGUUCCGCGGUAAGGCGGCUAUAAGGGACGAGGAAGACGACCAGUGCCCCACGCAACUAUCUAAAAUAAUCAAGUUCGGCCAGAAGUCGCACGUGGAGUGUGCCAGAUUCUCGCCGGACGGUCAAUAUUUGGUGACGGGGUCCGUGGACGGGCUGGUGGAGGUGUGGAACUUCACCACAGGCAAGAUCCGCAAGGACCUGCGCUACCAGGCGCACGAGGAGUACAUGAGCAUGGAGGAGGCGGUGCUGAGCCUCGCCUUCGGCCGCGACAGCGACACGCUCGCCGCCGGCUCCAACGACGGCAAGAUCAAGGUGUGGAAGGUGUCGUCGGGGCAGGUGCUGCGCAAGCUGGAUCGCGCGCACUCGAAGGGCGUCACGUGUCUGCAGUUCACGCGCGACAACUCGCAGAUACUGUCCGCCUCCUUCGACCGCACCAUCAGGAUCCACGGACUCAAGUCGGGCAAGAUCCUGAAGGAGUUCCGCGGGCACACGUCGUUCGUGAACGAGGCGGUGUUCACGCCGGACGGGCACUCGGUGCUGAGCGGCUCGUCGGACGGCAGCGUGAAGGUGUGGGCGGUGCGCAGCGGCGAGUGCACGGCCACGCUGAAGCCGCUCGGCAGCGGCGAGCCGGCCGUCAACUCGCUGCUGCUCACGCCCAAGAACCCGGACCACUUCGUGGUGUGCAACCGCACCAACACGGUGGUGAUCAUGAACAUGCAGGGCCAGAUCGUGCGCUCGCUGUCGUCGGGGCGGCGCGAGGCGGAGGGCGGCGCGCUGGUGGCGGCGGCGCUGGGCGCCCGCGGCCGCCUCGUCUACUGCGCCGGCGAGGACCUCGUGCUGUACGCCUUCUGCGCCGCCACCGGCAAGCUCGAGCGCACCAUCAACAUCCACGAGAAGGCAGUGAUCGGGCUGACGCACCACCCGCACCAGAACCUGCUGGCCACGUACAGCGAGGACGGCCUGCUCAAGCUGUGGAAGCCGUAAGCGGAUCGUCCGGCGCCACCGCCGCCACCGCCGCCGCCGCUGCUACCCCGCCCCUCUCCCCCCAUAUGUGCAGUGUAUAGUGGUGUAAUAUAUCUAGUUAUACAAAACAUGCAUAUAGGGAUAGUGCGCAGUCUCGGCAAUAUUAUUAAUUAGACAUAAGCACACGCGUGGAAAUAUUGUAAGAUUAUUGUCAAUAAUAGUAAUUAGCACUUGAAUAA